CGCGCCCCUCUCUCCACCCUCGGUCCCCCAGCCCGGGGUGGGGCCCGCACCUGGGGCCCCUGCUCGUUAGCGCACCCCGGCCGCCCGCUUCGGUCCGGAGGGACCCGCUCGCGAGGCUUGUUGGGCUCAGAGCCUCCUCCCGCCUAGAACCCCUUCAGCGGUCGGGUCCCCAUUCCCAGUCCUCGGCUGAGACUCCCGAGAGAGGCGGGUCCCCAGAGUCUCUCAGGGCGCCCCUCUGCAGUGGUGACAACAGCGGUCAUUUAUGAAUGUCUCGAGAGGGCAGGCAUGUUUGUGCUUCAUUCGGGGUUCCGGCAGCCCUCCUGUGAGGUAGUGAAAGCCGUGGUGGAUUUGGUGUCAUUUCACACGAGAGGAAACUGAGGCCCAGCCCCUUCUCUUCUGAGGGCAGAGCCGGAUUGUCCUCGGGCUCUGCCUCACCUCUGGGAGCACCCUUAUUGCUCCGAUGAGCCAGACCCCUGCAGCUGGUCCCUGAAGCCCAGGGGCGGCUUCACCCCUGCCAGCCACCUACUUCCCCAACCCUUCUCCCCAAAAGGGUUGCUUUGGCUCGCUGUACUCCCUCCACUUCCCCGACCCUUUAAAGAACCCCCGAGUUAGAGCCAAAAGAAAAGGGGGGCGGGGAAGAAGAGCAGAAAAGAAAAAAACGCUACUGAGAGUAGCUGGAAGGAUGUGGCACCCCUCGCUGUGGUUUGGGGGUCCAUCCCAGGCACUUUCCCUGUGGCACUGGGUGUGCAUUUCGGUCCUCAGCGUGAUUUGAAAGAAGAUGGAGGUUCAGCGAAGCAGAAAGGAGGUCUUGGAAUAUGUGAGGCUGUUCCAGAUGGCAGGGGGCAGAUGGCCUGUCGGAGCCCGAGGGCAUCUCUCUGAAACGGGUUGCUGUGGUGGAAGAUUUCUUUGACAUCAUCUACUCGAUGCACGUGGAGAGCUCUGCAGAGCCAGGCAAAGCCCCCAAGCACGCUGGGCAGAAGAAAACCUACCGAGCGAUCGCGGAGACCUACGCCUUCCUCCCCAGAGAGGCUGUGACUCGGUUCCUCAUGAGCUGCACGGAAUGCCAGAAGAGGAUGCACUUUAACUCCAGCGGCCCGGAGCCCAAAGAGAAUGAGCCUCCAUCCCCCCUGGUGUCUGGCAUUAUUGACUACAACAUGCCCCUCACCUCCACCUACUUGAAGCAGAUGAAGCUGCGAGUGAUGAACUCUCAGGAGCAGGAUGAAACUUCUGUGAGUAGUGAAGAUUUUGAUAUGAAUGACUCCACAUGGAUGUCAGCUGAUCCCCACCUGGCCUCCAGCCUGAGCCCCAACCAAGAGGAAAGGAUGCGGAGCCCACAGACCCUCCAUAGCCAGGAGGAUGAUGACUCCUCCUCUGAGAGCGGAAGCGGCAAUGGCUCUUCUACCCUGAACCCAUCCACUUCGAGCAGUACACAGGGGGAUCCCGCCUUCCCUGAGAUGAAUGGCAACGGAGCUGCUGCCCCCAUGGACUUCACUGCCACUGCUGAGGAUCAGCCCAUUAACCUGUGUGAGAAGCUUCCGCCUGGCACAGCUCUGGGCACACCAUCCUACCCCUCAGAUGGCUGCGGCACUGAUGGGCUGCGGAGCCGCGUCAAGUAUGGGGUAAAGAGCACCCCUGAGUCGCCCCCCUACAGCUCCGGGAGCUAUGAUUCCAUCAAGACUGAAGUCAGUGGCUGUCCUGAGGACCUGACAGUGGGCCGGGCCCCCGCAGCAGAUGAUGACGACGAUGACCAUGAUGACCAUGAGGACAAUGACAAGAUGAAUGACUCAGAGGGCAUGGACCCCGAGCGGCUCAAGGCCUUCAAUAUGUUUGUGCGGCUGUUCGUGGAUGAGAACCUGGACCGCAUGGUGCCCAUUUCCAAGCAGCCCAAGGAGAAGAUCCAGGCCAUCAUUGAGUCAUGCAGCCGGCAAUUUCCUGAGUUCCAGGAGCGGGCCCGCAAGCGCAUUCGCACAUACCUCAAGUCCUGCCGCCGCAUGAAGAAGAACGGCAUGGAGAUGACCAGACCUACUCCUCCACACCUGACCUCAGCCAUGGCAGAGAACAUCCUAGCAGCUGCCUGUGAGAGUGAGACGCGAAAGGCAGCCAAGAGGAUGCGCCUGGAGAUCUACCAGUCCUCCCAAGAAGAACCCAUAGCCCUAGAUAAACAGCACUCUCGGGACUCUACAGCCAUCACCCACUCCACCUACUCACUGCCGGCCUCUGCCUACUCCCAGGACCCUGUGUACGUCAAUGGUGGCCUCAAUUACAGCUACCGUGGCUAUGGGUCCUUGAGCAGCAACCUGCAGCCCUCCGCUUCCCUCCAGACAGGAAAUCACAGUAAUGGGCCCACAGACCUCAGCAUGAAAGGCGGGGCCUCUACCCCCACUCCUCCCACGCCUACCCCUUCCAGCAACAGCACCAGCAGGACCAUGCCCACAGCCCAGCUUAGCCCCACGGAGAUCAGUGCUGUGCGGCAGCUCAUCGCAGGCUAUCGAGAGUCUGCAGCCUUCCUGCUGCGUUCUGCAGAUGAACUGGAAAACCUCAUUUUACAGCAGAACUGACCCCGCUGGCCCCCAGAGUGCACGACGCCAGGGAAGGAGGCUGUCCCAGCCUGGCCCCAGCUUCCAGCCUCACCAGUUGGUACACUGUUUUCUGAAAGAGGUGGGAUCCAGAAGAGCUGUUUCUAGCUGCACUCCGAGCAUCCGAGACUUUGGGCACAAGGACACUUUUUUUUUUUUUUUUUUUUUAAAAUUUCACCACAUGGGUGCUCUGACCUGCUUGGAAAGAGGCCAGUGGGGCAGCUCUAAAAGGGUUGAGGCUCCCCUGAAAAAGGCACAGGGCUCAGCUCUAUUUAGAAUCACCUUUGUGGACCCUGAUGUUAGAACCUCCCCGCCCCCUCCCCCAAUAAUUACCUUUCAAGUCUUAGGUGAGCAGAAUUGCAUAUUUAUUGAGAAGAGCAAAAGUGGACCCUUUCUCUCCCCUUAGUAAUUUAUUUUUCUGAAAUGGAUUCUUUUGUGUUUGUACAGAUUGCCAGUUUGUGUCUGUCUAAUCAGAAGGAUGUAUCCCUGUACCUAACAUUCCGUAUCACUACACUGAUGUGAGCUGGGGCCAGCAGAGUUGGGUGCCAGCUCACUGUCCUGAGUGCCCAGCAUACCCUUGGGAAGGCCACCACACUCCACUAGGCUGUCUUGUUGCAGAUCCCAGUGCUGCCACAGGGACACUGCCAAACAGAGGGACCUCAUCCACACUCACUACAAACAAAAGCAGCCACCCAUCAGACAGAGUCCCAGUCACAUGGUCACCUGUACUCUACCUCACACUCCAGCGUGGGCUUUUCCAGGAUGUGCUCCAAGUGUGUUCUAAAUGGUCGUCUCCCCAACUCCCACACAAUGGAUCUUUCUGCUGGGAGGUAAAUGAAACCCAGUGUCCAAGAACCAGAGCCCAGAGGGGCUUGGCCCUUAAAACCAGCAGCUUGCCAUUGCUUGGGCUCUUGGCGAUGCUUGACAGGAUAGAGUAUCCGGAGCUGAUCAAGGACCCAGGUCUUAGGAACACAGGCCCCACCCAGCCCCCAGAUAACCUGCUUGAGGGGCCACUUCUGGCCAAGCAUCUGUGUGCCCAAGGGUGAAUUAGUUUCCACUCCUCCCCUCACGAUGGGAGUAAAGGGAUCAGAUCGUCAGUGGAAAUGGAGAACUACUUGCAUUCUCCUAGGAUCAAACUUCUUCUGGAAAGGCCUAUCCUGUAAGAAACCUAGUCCCUGGAGUGUGACAAGGGACAAGAAAAAGCUGACCUGGUUUCCUUCCUCCCUGACAGGCACUUCCUCUUGCUCUGUGCAAUACCUACCAGUGCUGCUAAAACCAGGGAUUCACCCAGACCUCAGCAGGCCAGGGGGCCUCUCCCUCAACACUCCGUAGCCAUGGCAGCAGCACUCUGCUGCCUGCCCCUGCCCAGAGUGGCAGAAGCCCUGUUGCCUUUCUUCCCUCAGAGCAAGGAGGCCUCAAGGGAGCCAGGGCUGAGUGGACACUAAGAUAACCACAAAGAGCCACUCUUGGUCCUAAAGCAAGUGCCCCUCCCCAAACUGGUCUAUGGCAGGGACUGCUUGUGGCAGCCUGACAGACUACCCUUCAAGCGGGUAGGCAGGCAAUGCCGGUGCAGAGACCCUGCCUGUUCAGAUUCAGGGCUGUAAGGCAGGGCUCCCCACCCUGCACACUUCCACACUGGGGUUAAAUGUGGUCUUUCACAUGGCCUACGAUGCCUACCCAGCCACACCACCUCUGCCUUCAUGUGCCCGCUCACCAGGCCUCUGGACUGGGCCAGGACACCUGAGCCCCUUCGUACAGCACAAACUCCAGUGCCCAGGCCUUCCCACAGCUGGCCAAACAUGUGCCCAGUUCCCCACCUGCUCAGUAGGACUCCUGGAUGUUUGAAUUUGUGUAAAUAUUUAUUUUUGUGUGUGAAUACUACAAAGUAAUCAGUAAAACUUUUGCAAAAUGUUACCCCAGGCAAUUUGUGAAAAUGUUGAAAAUUGGCAGAGACAAUCGCCGCCCUAGAAUUUCUGUUAUCAAUUGCUUACCACGUGGUGGCUGCUCCCAGAGGCAGUGCUCAAGCUAGACACAAAUGGCUUGCAUUUUUGGAAGAAGGAGAGAAGAGACUAGGCAGGGGCUCCACAUCUGUAAGAACGAGCAUAAUCUAUAUCUAAGUGGUGUUUUCUAGCUGCAAGCAGUUUUGACCAGCCACUAGCAGCCUGCUCCUAGAGUAUGGUGUGAGCAUAGGUUCCAUGUGUUUUACUUUCAAGAGAAACAGAACCAAUGCCAGUGCUGAUGGUUUCCAGAGGGGCUGCAGGACAGUGAAUGCUGGCAUGGUAACCUGGGCUGCUUCUCAGAGAAGUGGUCCCCCAGAGCCUCAGAGCAGCCAUGCCAGGAGCAAGUCAGUGUGGACACAGGAUUCUAUUACCUAGUUCAGUCAGGGAACUUGUCCUGUUUUCCUUUUGUUUUAAAAGAUGCAGCUUCAAGCCUCCCUCCCUGACUGUGGCCUGCCUUUUGCCCGGUGGAGCUUCCCAAAGCCUUGUCCUGCAACCACUUCAGUGUGACAGAAGCCACAGGCACACAGUAGUCAUUGGUGAUCUCAAGUCACAAUGGACAUGCCAGUGCAGGAUACUCUGAUCCCAGAGUCCUUGCCAGGCAGGUCCCUGAAGGUUAUCCAGAGAAGUGGUGGCUGAUUUGUUAGACUAGGGACAGUGUACAUGGCCCAUCUGAAAGGAUUUUUUUUUCUCUCACCACUCAACAAAUGGACAGUUUAUUCCCAAGGAUGGUGUUGGAGAGGGGCAGGCAGGGCCAGGAGGGUCUUAGAGGACUUUGAACAGGUGGAACCCAUCUGUCCCUCCCUAUUUCUCAAGGGCCACAAAUGACUCCACAGGUGGUUAUAGGAUUAACUACCAGUUCAUUCUCAAAAUGCUGCUUUGAACUCAGAGGGUUGAUACUUUUAAUUUGUAAUUUUUUGUAAAACUUUUUACAAGAUAGUAAAGUAUUUCACCAGAAUACAGUUUCAAUCCGUCCGUGGUCUGAUUUUUCUAUAAUUUAGUGGUGCUUUAGAGACUUUGCUUUGUUGUUUCUGAGCGCAACAGCUCAAUCCUCUCUUGCCUGUAUCUACCUAAGACCAAUGUGAACCUUUGUAUUUUGCUCCUAAUUUUGGACUCAGUGGAAGUGUACUGUUUACAUGUACAGACGCCCCCCAUCCCUGUGUUUUCUGCAAGACGCGCUCGAGGAGGGAGACUGCACCUCACUAGCUCAUCUGCUUAGCAAAGCCACAAACCAAAACCUCUCACUUUGUACCCGUUUCCACCUAAAAACAAAAACCAUUACCACCUGGAACUCAGAUUGGCCAACACAUUCUGCCUGGUAGGUGCCCAGUGCCUCUAUCAUGUGUUCCCUUAGGAAUCAAGGCAGCAACCUCCUGCCAGCUGGGUGGGGGAUAGCACACAGAGGAGACAUUAAUGCAGGACCUUACUGCCCGGCUACGGGAGGAAGUGCUUCUCUGGGCAGGAGGCAAUACAAAGGCUAAGAGGACUCAAUGGGCCUCCAGGAGCAAGCCAGGUAGGAUUUAGGGACAACACGUGAGGGCAUCAAUCUGCUGGCAUGACUGAGACACACUUUGGAAGAGCAUGAGUUCCAUGUAAGGUGAGACUGUGACUUUGAGUACAGAUGACGCAAGCACUUCAGGGGAGGGUCAGGGGCUCCAGACAGUAAGCAUAAGGCACUUACCGCAAGCAGUGGAUGGCACCAACUUUUAAAGGUGACUUUAUUAAUCAAUAGUUUCACCGCUAAAUUAUAUUUUUACAGAUAUGCACCUAUGCAACUUAAUGUGGCUCUUCUAAGCAGGUGAGGACCUCCUCCUCAAUGCUCUAUAAAGUGUUUGUGUUCUGUAUAGCGAGUUUCCCAGUAAAUGUGGCUUAAUUCUUUAAUUCUUAGGAUGUGUCUUUCUACGUGAUGCAGCUACUAAAUUCUGUUUUGUUUGUGGAAUGACUAGCACAGGCCGACGCCCUCUUUCCCUCACUUACCAGAAGACCAAUGAGCUGUUAAUGAGCGGUUAUCUCCAUGGUAUUACUGCUAAAUGCACUGAUGUCAUAAGUAUGUGGAAUCCUUUUCCUUUUGAGACUGUAUAUCAUAUACCAGACUGAAUCUACUUAAUAAACACUGAACAACAAACCUAA